AAAAAAAGUGUCCAACUGUACACAUCCAUUCCCGACCCAAAAGAGUCCGGCAGCAAGCACAAGCACUCGACUCGUAUACUGCGUCAACUGCGUACCCCUUCCCUUCCUUACUCGAGCCAACUUGCAGCUUUCUGCCUGUGCAGCAAUUGGUUUCCCCAUUCAAGUCACUCCUUCACUUGAUUAGCCUUUCUCUGUGUACCUUACCGUUACUCUUUCUCGGUCUCUCUUAUCUCUUUCUCUCAGACUCUCGCUAUUAUCUCCUGGUGUCCCCCCUUCCCAUUCUUACGUUCCUUUUAUCCCUUCUUAUGCCUCCCAGACUCAACACAGGGCCGGAUGGAACCCUCAACCUCCCCCAUUUGCGACACGAUCAUUCCCACAACCCUCCCUUGAGCGCAACCACAUGCGAUUCCAACAUUUCAGAUUAUAUCGGUAGUGGUACCAGCAGCCCUGGACUGAGCCCCGGGCUCGACCAGCGCCUGGCCGAAUUUGAUGCAUUGCGAUCCGCCGACGACGACUACUUCAAACACGAUUACGACGACCAAGACGACGAAAUGGACAGCCAACGUCCCCCCCUCCUUCGAAAUCACAACUCCCGCUCCGGCCAACCUCUUCUAAACACAAAGGACGACGAAGAUGACGACCACCGCGGCAGGAGCUAUUCCACUCGCUCUCGAGGAGCCAGCCCCUUGCUGACCCCGAGUCGACCGGCCUUCUCUCGAGGUUCGACCAUGCGAGCCCACUCUCCCUCGACAAUCACCGCGAACGCUCGAAGAAAAUAUAUAAUUGCGGCUUUCGUCCUGCUUAUCAGCUUAGUCUCAUUCGUCAUCCAGACCGAGUUGUCGGCAUACAUCCAGCAGGAACUGCACUGGGACAAGGCUUACUGCAUGCUCUACCUGACCCAUGGCUCCUGGGUGAUGCUGUGGCCUGUUCAGCUACUGUUCCUGCGAUUCAAUAAGCGCAAAGUUUCUUGGGCAUCCUUCUGGCGACGACACACCGAGCUGCUGCACACGACCGCCAUCAUGGUCCAGAGACAGGACCUCGACUAUUCGCGACCCAGCCCGCAGCCCCGCGUCUCCCCGUGGACUUAUAUCGUCAAGACCACGGCCUUCGUUACGUCUGCUCUGACUAUUGGUGGCUUGAGCUGGUAUGUCGCUGUGAACUUGACAACUCCCUCCGAUUUGACGGCCAUCUACAACUGCUCUGCUUUCUUCGCCUACGUCUUCUCCGUUCCGCUGCUGAAGGAGCCUCUACGCCUGGACAAGUCUCUUGCCGUCAUUGUGGCCAUUGCUGGUGUCUUGAUCGUCGCAUAUGGUGACACUAGUCCCGGCGAGGACGAUGCCGCUCACCAGCAGGCGGCCGGGAACCGUGUCACUGGCAACCUGAUCAUCGGUGUUGGAUCCGUCCUCUACGGUCUCUACGAGGUCCUCUACAAGCGAUAUGCCUGCCCGCCUGAAGGCUGUAGCCCUAACCGCGGCAUGAUCUUCGCCAACACGUUCGGUUCCUGCAUCGGUCUUUUCACGCUUACGGUGCUGUGGAUUCCGCUUCCCAUUCUGCACUGGACUGGUAUUGAGAAGUUUGACUUGCCGACGGGAUACACGGCUUGGAUGCUUUUCUGCAGUGUCGUUAUGAAUGCGACUUUUGCCGGCAGCUUCCUGGUCUUGAUCAGUCUGACAAGCCCUGUUUUGUCCAGUGUCGCUAGUUUGCUGACAAUCUUCAUCGUCGCCAUUACCGACUGGCUGCGCACUGGCGAGCCGCUCAGCGCUGCAGCUCUCAUCGGCGGUGUCAUGAUUAUGAUCGCAUUCGGCAUGUUGAGCUGGAGUACGUGGCGAGAGAUGACCGAAGCCGAAGCGCACAAGGCAGUUGACCUCACCGAUAGCGGCGAUGAUAGUGAAAGAGAACGCGAGGACUAGGCGAUUGCAUAAUUGGUGUCGGCGCAACAUCAAACGGCGUUUGGGGAAACCCGGGUUUUAUCUCUUUUUUGUCUUCAACAUGGGUGUUGGCAUCAUUACAUUGGGGUCGGCGGAUAACUCAGGGCAUUGGAUUACAACAGCAUGGUCGCGAUAGACUUUGAGCUGUCGCAGCGGACGGAAGAAGGAGGGGAAAAAAUGGCCACGGUCAUUGGUUUACUGUUUGAUUCACUGCAUCCGGGGAGCUUGGCCCCGCUGUCUGCUAUUCGCUUCCUUUUCUUGUCAUUGUUUAUUACUCUUUCUUCGGCAUAGACGAUAUUGGUUUCGGGGUCCAUGAGACACAGACCCCUUGUUAGAAAAGCAGCGAGAUACAAGUUGUUGACAGCUGCUGGGUGGCCUUUCAAAUGGGAUGCGAAUUUGCUGCGCUGCAGCACAACUCCUCAAGACAAGCUUGAUCCUAACUCUUAACCUUUAUCGCAGUCCCAUCGUUGUCGGCCGCCAUCCUAAUCUUCUAGAUCCGUCCUCGAGUCCCUCCGUCCUCCUUCCCUUCCUACCUGCGGCCCUUCCACAAGCCCACCAAUCUGUUACUCUCUUGGCAUUCCGUAAAGGCCAGGUAAGUCAAAAGCAGAAAAACUUGAGAUAGACAGACUCCUUGCUUUGAAAAAAAUCAGUUGAUUUGAAACAGGGGGAAGGGCUCCACGUUGGGCAUUAGACCAAGCUCCACGUAGGAUCCUUGUAGUUGGCCACUCACGAUGAUUUCAGGUCGGGGCGACGCAAUGUCUGGCGAGAUGUUAAUCUUCUGCGCUUGACCCCUUAUAUGUCCGCUUGAAAACCCGAGG